AAACCCUAAAAGUUGAUAAAAAUGUCAGACCACAUUCCUCUCGAAUUGCAAGCCGAAAUAAUCAAAAGGGUACCUUUAAAAUCAUUGCUUCAAUUCAGAUCGGUUUCAAAAGAAUGGAAGUCAGUCAUCGACAGCCCCGAUUUUGGUGAUGAUUACUGCCUCCGCCAAUCGCAGCCCCGCCGUUUGCUAAUAAGGUACACUGAUAUUACUUCUAUACUCAAUGAUUACAAGUAUGUUUGGGUUGCUGAUGAUGAUGAUACUUUUCACCAACACCAAAUUCCUAGUACCACUCUUCCGAAAUCUGUUAACAAUGGAAUGGUUUCAAAAAUAGUCGGUUGCGCUCACGGUUUAUUUUGCUUCUAUGGUUAUGAUCUAGACCAUAAAAGUUAUAUGGCUGUUGUAUGGAAUCCUUGGAUUAGAAAAUGUGUUGAUGUUCCUGUCCCUAAUGUUCUGUUUGGGUGGUACGAAACUGUUUUAGGUUUCGGCGUUAGUCCUCUAACUAAGGACCCUAUGAUUGUUAAGAUUAAUAGUUACGUUGAUUCUAGAAUGUACUCUUCAGUUUGCACCCCUUGGCGAGUUGAGGUUUUUACUUUAAGCUCGGGGACUUGGAAAACUCCAUCAGGUAGCAUAAACAAUCUGCCUUGUCGUGAUUCGAUUAGGUUUUGUUGGGGUCAAGUUGCUCUUGACGGGGUUAUUUAUUGGCUUGCUUUUGAAUGGAUUAAAGUGGAUGGUAAAUAUCGGGAUCACAAUCUGAUUAUGUCAUUUGAUUUGAGUAGUGAGGGAUUCCAAGAAGUAUGCCUCCCAGAUAAUUUAGCACGCCUGUCUCAUCAUGACUUAUCUAUCACUAAGCGAAUGGAGUCCGUUGUCGUGCUUGAACGGGAUGCAACUAGAACUUCUUGUGGUGUAUGGAUGAUGGGGAAAGGUGUUACUAAAUCGUUUACAAAACUAUUCACUGUUAUGCCAUGGGUGGUUUCACCUUAUUUUAUGAUAUGUGGUUUUAGGAAGAAUGCCGAACCUAUUGUUGACCAUGGGUCCAAUGCACUUUUUGCUUAUGACUCUUACUCGGAACCGAAGAAUCUUGUAAUUGUUGGAAAAAGCUCAUCCUUCUCCAUGGAGCCAUAUAUGGAAACUUUACUUUUAAUUGAUCAAUGAAUUUGUAGUAUUUGUUUAGGCAUAAAUUGCAAAGUAUGGAGCUAAGAGCAUACAACCAUUGGGGCAAGCACACAAGGUAUGGAAAUUGAAGUGUAAUAAACCCAUAGAUUAGUUAAAGUUCAUGAAUAGAUUUGUGCAUUUCGUGUGGAUUGAUUAUGUUUGUAUGUUGAAUCUGAUUGUGUAUGUUGAAUCUGAAACUUUCUGUUCAA